AUGGCACCCGACAGAGGCGCUUCCUCUCACACCCACUCUCCGUCCCCGUCCGAUGUCCAAGACCAUGAGUUGCUCCCGCAAACUAGUCAUCAGCAAAGCAUCUCCCGCGUCCGGUCUGAUCAUGCCUGCUAUGCUGUCCCUGGCGCGCACGACUCGGCCUUGGAUGGCACAAAUUUCACACUUCGAGGUGUCGCAGUGGGGACGUUGAUUGGGAUAAUCAUUUGCUUUUCCAACACAUACUUUGGUCUGCAGACCGGUUGGGUAUCAGGGAUGGCUAUGCCGGCCUCUUUGAUUGGAUUUGCAGUCUUCAAGUCUCUGUCCCGCUAUUUGGUUCUUCCAUUCACCCCCGUCGAAAAUGUUCUUGUUCAGACGGUGGCCGGCGCAGUCGGCACCAUGCCGCUAGGUCUGGGUUUCGUCGGAGUCAUGCCCAGCAUCCAGUUUUUGCUGAAGAAGAGCGAGGGUGCCCCGGUUGACUUGAGUCUGUGGAGGCUCUUUGUCUGGGGUAUUGGUCUUUGCUUGUUCGGCGUCGUCUUUGGUGUGCCCUUGCGAAAACAGGUCAUCAUUCGCGAGCGCCUCAAGUUCCCCAGCGGGACUGCUACAGCACUCAUGAUAAGUGUUCUGCAUGGCGGCGCCAAGAGCGACGAGGGCAAGGAUAGAGAGAUAGAAACCCAGGGGACCGAAGAGCGCGAGGAACUUCUAAGGGAAAGCGAUCGAGACGACCAGCCGGAGCAGGCGGAAGAACAUGACAUCCGAGGCGAUUGGAAAAGGCAAAUUCGACUUCUUGUGGUUGCUUUCCUUUCAUCCGGCGCAUACACUCUGAUCCAAUACUUUUUCCCUAUUCUCCACAGGUUGCCCAUAUUUGGCACCUACCUGGCGAAUACCUGGGUGUGGACGCUCAAUCCAUCGCCGGCAUAUGUUGGGCAAGGUAUCAUCAUGGGCCCUGCUACUACAUUCCACAUGCUCCUCGGCGCUAUUGCGGGAUGGGCGGUACUAAGUCCCAUGGCCAAAAACAACGGCUGGGCGCCCGGGCCCGUUGACGACUGGGAGACAGGGAGCAAAGGCUGGAUCGUUUGGGUCAGUCUGGCAAUCAUGCUGGCUGAUGCAGUGGUCAAUUUAGGCUGGUUGUUCCUUCGGCCUACCAUUCACCAUGGUCCAGAUUGGAUCAAAUCUGCCCGAGCGCACUACUACAACAGUGCUUCCUGGUCCGAUUUUUUGCUCGGCAAACAAAUUGCCGGCUAUAUCUCUCUUGACACCUCCGGACGAGCCUCUCAAUCUUCCACCGCCAAGCCAGUGAAAGGCGCAUCCGACGAGCCUCCCGAUGACGCACCACCACACCACCUUGUCUCCAACCGGACCGUCGCCGUCCUCCUUCCAAUAACUCUGAUCAUCUGCGUCGUGUGCAUUCACAUAACCUUUGGCACCUACAUCCCUAUUAGCCUCAACAUCCUUGCCAUCAUUCUCGCCCUGGUUCUCUCCAUCAUGGGCGUCCGUGCCCUCGGUGAAACAGAUUUAAAUCCCGUGUCUGGAAUCUCAAAACUCACACAGUUAGUUUUUGCCCUGAUCACUCCGACUGGACCGCAUGCAAACCACAGUAUAAUUAUAAAUUUACUCGCUGGGGCUGUAAGUGAAGCAGGCGCGCUUCAAGCCGGCGACAUUCUCCAAGACCUCAAAGCGGGACAUCUAAUUGGGGCAUCCCCUAAAGCACAAUUCUACGGACAGCUUAUCGGGAGUGUCGUGGGAGCAUUUGUGUCUGCCGCGGUCUACAAGCUAUAUGUAUCAGUCUAUCCGAUUCCAGGGGACUUGUUUGAGAUCCCCACCGCAUACGUCUGGAUCUUCACCGCGCGAUUGGUGACGGGAAAAGGUCUCCCGCCCAUGGCCUGGCAAUUUGCCCUCCUCUUUGGUGCAGUAUUUGUCCUCACCACCACACUUCGGAUAUACCUCCUCGCAUAUAGAGACUCUAAACGCUGGUGCAAGGCUUUACACCCGUGGAUCCCAGGUGGCAUUGCGGUGGCGGUGGGGAUGUACAACACUCCCAGCUUCACAUUGGCGCGAACCGUAGGUGGAGUGAUUUCUCUAUGGUGGACACGAUGGAAAGGGAAGGGAGAGACAAGGGUCAUUGUUCUCGCGAGUGGAUUGAUUCUAGGGGAAGGUGUGGUUAGUAUCUUGAAUUUGGUGCUGGCGAGUAUGGGUGUGCCGCAUCUAUGA